AUGUCUCAGGAACGAUUCAAUACUGAUCUCGAGCACGACGGCGCAGGACUAAUGGCUCAGAACGGAGAUAAGGGUCGAGAUGGGCGGAAGAAGGUGCUUGUUGUAGGUGCUGGUGCAGCUGGCAUGUCUACAGCUUACCAUUUAUCAGAGCAUCCAGACAAAUUCGACGUGACUCUGAUUGAUGCCGUUGACUACUGCGGCGGCCAAGCAUUCUCCAUUCCCAUCGAUAAAGAACGCCAUGGAGCUUCCUGGUGCAACCAGGGCGUCCAAGGAGGAUCUUACAUCUUUCAUCAUACCGUCACCAUGUUCUCCAGACAGGGCUAUCACGCAGACCCUUGCAACCUACAUGUUUCCUUUGGCAAAGACGAGACGUUCUGGAAUAACGUAUUUCCAACUCAGCUUCUGGUCCGCCAUGAGAAGGAAGUUCGUCGCCUGACAACUGUUCUCAAGUUCAUGCGCUGGUUUGAGAUUUUCUUCGCCUUGCUCCCGUUGAAACUUGUCUUUAAGUUGUUUUUGUUCUCCGAGGAAUUCACCAACACUAUUGCCCUGCCUAUGACGGCGUUGUUCCUCGGAACCGGCAAUGCUACGCCUGAAGUUCCUGCGAUAAUGUUUGAGAGAUUGUGUACUUCACCGACCUAUGGAAUGUGGUAUCCGUCCGACAGAAACACCGUCAUCAGCAACAAACCGCCCAUGAUUGUUUUUCCGAAAUUCUCAGAGUUCUACGAGACGUGGAGGAAGGAUCUUGUCUCUCGUGGAGUCACCGUCCGACUCUCAACAGAGUUGACCGAGAUUGUUCAGCGAAACAAGAAUGGCGUUGUUGUGAAGCUCAAGCCGAGAACUCCGAUGCCCGACCAUCAUAACCCCAACGGUGGAGAUCCCGAUGCUCCUGUAGGCGAGGAAAAGUACGACGAAAUUGUGCUCUGCUGUCUCGCCGACACGGCCAAGAAAGUCCUCGGCAAGACAGCCACCUGGAAAGAAAAGAAGGUCUUGGGUUCAGCGAAGUUCAGCGACGAUAUUACAAUCACUCACAACGAUUCCGAUUACAUGAAGAAGCAUUACGAGAACUUUUAUCGUGAUGAUUUGGCCGUUUCGAACAUCAAUGGAACUGACCAAUCGGAUCGUCUGGCGUUCGCAAAGACAGAAUAUCGACCCAUGUACUACAUCAAGAUGUACCCAGAGGACAAGUCCAAGCUGGAAAUGUGCUUUGACUGCACAAAUUACCAGAGUCAGUUCCCUGAAAAGGUUCCGUUCGAGCAGCAUGUCUUUCAGACGAUUUAUCUCAACAAGGAUCGGGACAGUAAGCUCUGGACUGAUAACGAGAUUGCCGAGGAUAAGAUCAUUCGAAAGGACUGGUGGCAUCAGCUCUGCCAUGGCUACACUCACUACUUAUUUGUCAUUCCGUGGAUGAUGUUCCUCAACGCCAAGAACCAUACACGCUUUGCAGCAUCGUGGACUCUCGUCAACGCUCACGAAGUCGCCGUCAUGUCCGGAAUUGCGGCUGCAGUGGAUCUCGGCGCGAACUACCCUGAAGACUUGGAGAACGACAAGUUUGCAUUCUUGUGUUUCCGACUCUACUACCUUCUUACAUAUGGAAAAUGGUACAGGAGACAUUUUACGUCCAAGAACUAUUUAAAGUCUCAGACUACGGAGAGUCAGGCUGCUGCUGAUGGAAAAAGUUGGGCUACUGGACUGUAUGGCAGUGUUUACAAGGGACCUGGUGUUUCUGAGAUUGAGAGGAGUGCGUGGAGGGAGGAUAUCAAAAAGGGAUCCAGUACUGGUAAUUUGUCUUGA